CGCUCUUCCCACCCCGCUGCAAACGGUCGUCCGUACUGCCGUUUCUGUCCAUUAAGCACCUGCCAACGAAAUGUCUACCCCAACUCCAGACACUGCACCCAGUCCAGGAGCCCCAGGGGCUCCAGAGGGUGAAGGGGGCCCACCAUCCCAAGCCCCGAACCUCACAAGCAAUCGCCGACUGCAGCAGACACAGGCUCAAGUGGAUGAGGUGGUGGACAUCAUGCGUGUGAACGUGGACAAAGUCCUGGAGAGAGACCAGAAGCUGUCGGAGCUCGAUGACCGGGCUGAUGCGCUACAGGCCGGGGCCUCGCAGUUCGAGAGCAGCGCGGCUAAACUGAAGAACAAGUACUGGUGGAAGAACUGCAAGAUGAUGAUUAUAAUGGGAGUCAUUGGAGUUCUUCUAUUGGGAAUUGCAUUCAUGUAUUUCUUCUACUGAGCCUGCCUCUCCGUGAGGACGAACACAGGGAUACCAGAGCAUCCAGCGGCGGGACGCACGUCCUUGUGUGAAGCCUUCACAUCCUGUUCUCCUCCUCUCUCCUCCGCUCCUAUUAUCCGACCAACGCCUCUCGACCCGCUUUCUCUCCUCUUCUCCUCCAUUCCCUCUCUUCCUGUCUCUUCACACCGCUCUGUAUGUGU